GGGUCAAGAAGGAAGAAGAACGACGACCUCUCUCUCUUACGCGUUGAUCUAACGCCACCGCCCACUUCUACUUUUCUUCUGCAACACCCAAUUCAAAAAAAAACAAACUUAUUGGUAAGCAAAAAGACGAGCAAAGCGACGCAUCUGAUUACUUAGUUUUCAGGAUUUGAUCAAUUCCGGAUUCGUCUUCGUCUCUCGAAAAACCCCAGAUUCUCUCUUGGUCUGAAGAAAGCAGAAUCAAAAUCAUGUCUUUCAGAUCACUUAGCAGGCCAAAUGCAAGAUCUGGAAUGGGUGUUGCAGAUGAGAGCAAAACCACAUUUCAUGAGCUUCAGAGGAAAAAAACUCAUCGCUACGUUGUCUUCAAGAUCGAUGAAUCAAAGAACGAAGUCGUAGUUGAGAAAACUGGGAACCCUGCUGAGAGCUACGAUGAUUUCUUAGCUUCACUCCCUGAUAAUGACUGCAGAUACGCUGUUUAUGACUUUGAUUUCGUCACUUCUGAGAAUUGUCAAAAGAGCAAAAUCUUCUUCUUUGCUUGGUCUCCUACGACUUCUCAUAUUAGAGCGAAGGUGCUUUACUCGACAUCUAAAGACCAGUUUAGGAGGGAGCUUCAUGGGAUUCACUAUGAGAUUCAAGCUACUGAUCCUACUGAGGUUGAUCUUGAAGUCUUGCGCGAACGAGCAAACUGAGCAAACUGAGCAAAAACAAAAUUGUCUCUUCUCAUAACUUUAUGGUAAUGUAAUGAAUAAUCUCUCUCAUUCGAUGAUGACUAUCGGAUCUUGUUCGUAUUCUCGUGGAUGGAUUUGUGUAAACACAGUUUCAUGUUCUAUAUAUCAACUGUCAAUGUCAGUAAAUGUUUCAAGAUUGCACAUAA